AUGCUUCGUAUAGAUCGUUUCGUUCUGUUACCAAAGGUGAUUGAAAUAGAACUGCAUCUGUUUUCCGAUGCCUCGGAAAUAGCAUACGGUAGUUGCGCCUAUUUGAGGUCGAUAAUUCGAAUCGGCGGUCGCUUGGGACACUCUGUUCAAUCUGAGGAUUUUAAACAUCAAAUUUUGCUUCCUAAUUCUCACGCACUAACCAAGUUGCUGUAUGAUUCCUAUCAUGUUCGACUGCUGCACGCCGCGCCUCAGCUAUUAAUGAAUGUAGUUCGAUUACGCUACUGGGUGCUAGGUGGCCGAAGUUUAGCGAAGCAGGUCGUGCGUCAGUGUGUCACUUGUGUACGUGCUCGACCAAAACGGAUGCAACAAUUCAUGGCUGAACUCCCUGCAGCACGGGUGACAGCAUCACGCCCAUUCUCAGUAACUGGUAUAGACUUUUGGGGACCUGUUCAGCUUCAACCUCGUCAUCGACGGGAUGCUCCACAAAAAUCCUAUGUUGCUGUAUUCGUAUGUUUUGUGACGAAAGUGGUUCACUGGGAGCUCGUCAUGGAUUUAAGCACCGAUAAGUUCAUGCAAGCAUUUCGACGAUUUGUAUCGCGACGAGGACUGUGCUCUGAUGUCUAUACUGACAAUGGCCGCAAUUUCCUAGGCGCAGCUAAUGAACUCCGACGGUUUAGUCAAAGCAGUGAAUACAAGGAUAAACUGUCCAGAGAAUGCAACGAUAACGGAAUCAGAUGGCAUUUCAAUCCGCCAAAGGGGUCUCACUUUGGGGGUUUGUGGGAAGCCGCUAUAAACUCGGCACAAAAGCAUGUAAUUCGUGUGCUCAGGGGGCACACUUUAGCUUUCGAUGAAAUGGAAACUCUACUAAUCCAAGUCGAAUGUUGUCUUAAUUCGCGGCCGUUAACGCUGCUUAGUGAAGAUCCUUCUGACCUGGAACCGUUGACGCUGGGUCAUUUUUUCGUGGGUUCGUCUUUGAAAUCAGUUCCGGAAACUUGCUAUGACACGACCCCAUAUAACAGGCUGACACGAUGGCAGCAAACACAAAAGGCUAUGCAAGAUAUAUGGCAAAGGUGGCAACGAGAGUAUUUGGUAACCUUACAACCAAGGGCCAAAUGGUGCAAUCCACCCGUUAAAAUUGAGAAAAAUCGUUUAGUCGUCAUGAUGGAAGAAGGCUCGCCACCGGCACGAUGGCCGACUGGUAGAAUCCUAGAGAGUCAUCCAGGCUCCGACGGCGUCGUUCGAGUCGUAACUUUACAAACUGCGAGAGAUCAACUCACUGGUCCAGUGGCUAAACUUUGCUUGCUGCCGAUUGCAACGUCCAGCAACGAAGAUUCGGCGUGA